CACCUGAUUCGUCUUUCAAGAUGGCCGCGGUAAUAGGCUGCCCAGCCAGGGGAAUGCAAUCAGUGCGGACCGUCCCAUAAGCCUCUAAUGUGCAGGGUGAGCCGGACCGAUCCACCACCGCUGCGGCUUCCCUAAGAGGAGUCCAGUCACAGUGGGAUGAUGCAUCCAUUUGGUAAUGAGGAAGCAGCCUCUCUGGAACAUCUUUUCUGUUUUUUUUGUGAAUGUGUGCGGUGGGGAGAAUGGGGGCUAGCACAGGCCUGUAUUCCUCAGUUACAUCAGUGGCAGGGGGAUGGCUCUGAGAAAGUUGCAGCUAUCCUGCAGGCUUUAAUAGCUUGUCCAUCUCAGUUAAGGUGUGGACAGAAUUGCAGCCCUCAGAGACUUGCUUGGCUUUGGCUCCUUGUGCUCAAGAAAUGGCUGGUAUGGGAUCAGAAAAUAAUUCCAGCUGGUCUCCAAAGAGAAACUGAAUUCUUACUCCUCUUAGAAGAACUGCAAAAGGAUGUCUCUGAUGAAGUCCUAAAGGAGCUGUUCGAAGCAUUUGAAUGUGUCCAGAGCAAGCAUGAAUCGGACAGAAAGAAAAGAGAUGGCCGCACGUACAGAUUCAGUAUGGAAGCAACUUCGGCUCUCCGGAAGCUUUUGUUGAGGGCUCCCCGCCGGGCACAAGCCCUGCUGGAGUUCCUGCAGGGAGAACAUGGCACACCCAGCUCUGCACUCCAGCACAGUUGCUCUGUGCAAAAUAUCUAUGUUGACUUUCUCCGUGACUCCUUAAAAUCUCUGCAGAGGCUUCAGCGGUAUCCCAAAUCCUCAGGAGAACUGGAUCAGACUGAGACAGUGGAUGCUAUUUAUGGUGUCCUUAGUGUGUUGCAUUUUGAAGUGGAGCAUCAGACUGGCGAGCUCCGACACUUGUGCAGGGAGUUGUUGGAUGCUUGCUGGGCUGAAGGAAGCCCACUGAAGGAAGAGAGGUUACUGGGCUGCAUACUGAGGAAGCAGAGCCAUGCCUUGCUCAGUUUAUACAGCAAUGUCUUCACAGAGAGGACAAGAGAGAAACUGUUGGGGCCAAAGUUGCCAGGAAAAGGUUCAUCUGAGCAGUUGGACACAGAACGGGUAAUGAUGGCUUUGUUCGCAGAGCCUGAAGAGGUUUAUUCUUGGAAGACUGCCUAUUUUUACUGCCUGAGCAGCAGCAAGCACUUUCUGGAGCAGAUUCUGGUGACUGCAUUAACACUAUUAAAAAGGGAAGACUUCACAGGCUUGAGCAGCUUACUGAGUCGAGAAUUCAACCCCCUCAGCCGUCUUCUGGUAUUGCUAGGGUGGACUCACUGUCACAGCUUAGAAUCAGCAAAAAAAUUGUUAUAUGCUCUUCACAAAACUCGGAGUCUGUGCAAUGAUUCAGUAUUGAAAGAGUUCUGUGAUGGGCUAUGGGCUCAAGUGGAGGUUCUUGAAUGGUGCAUACAGCAAAACAGUAUUACUAUCCCAAAGAAGAUUCUUUUGCAACACUUGUACAGUCUGGAUUGCCACUCUGCACUCUACUCUCUUCAUCACCUCACCAACCUUCUGGCCCUGAAUGAAGAGGAUGUCAUUGAGCUUCUUCAGAAGGUUCCAGCCAGAGACCAGGAGACACAGGUGGUGCCGGUUUCCAGCCUCCUGAGUCAGCAACGCAACCUGGUGCUCUUCCGGGCAUUUUGUGCCAUGAAAUAUGCAAUCUAUGCACUGUGUGUGAAUUCACACUGUCAUUCGAAGUGCAAGGACUGCAUGCACAGCCUUCUCAGUGACCUCCCUGAGGACUCGACCCCUCUUAAAGAACCACCAGGAGAUCGGCCUCCUUACCUAGAUUGUCCAGCUAUUUUUCGUCAGUAUCUUGCCAAGUGCCAGCAGUUCUUACGGAGUCUCCCUGCUCCUCUGCACCUGGAGCUUCUGGAGAACAUCUUCUCCCUGCUUUUUGUCUCCUAUAGUGACCUCUACACAGAGACUCCCCUGCCCGAGGACUAUGCAGAAGAGGACAAUAUUGUGAAAAAGAGCUGUGGUGCUGGGAACUUGGAUGGUAGUGCCAGCCGAGAGUCUUCCACCUCAGAAAGUCCACAGCACCCAACAGAGCCUGAAAGAAAGACAGAGAGAUGUCCUCAGGCCCCCCGGACAGUCUACCAUGGUAUCCAAACUCUGCUUGGUUCAGAAUUGAGUGAUGAGACCUGUGAAUCCUCCAGGAUGAGCUAUCUAGAUCUGAAACAUUUUGCCAGUGGUGUCAGUGGAUUUUUAGUGGAUGAUCUGGUAGUGGAUGCCUUCCUCAAGAUGCUCCUCAACCACCUGGAAGAAAUUCAGCGUUCUCUCCCGUGGGAUUCGAGUAACGUGCCCCAUGAGGAGCUGGAGUUGGUAGAGUGCUUGAAUUUCUCUGUAAAUAGAGAUGUCUUUGGGAGCAGAGUGCUGCAGUUCUCCAAAUACCUCUCUGAAGCUCAGUGGAGAUACAAAGUAGUGAUGAGUAACAGAAAUACAGAACAUCAGCUUGCAGCCUCCAAGAGACACUUCUCCUUAACCAGAUGCUCCAGCUUGAGGAAGCGCCAUCAAACUCAAAGAUGGAGGAUGGAUUGUAAAAAGAGAACUUCAAGUCAAUCACUGGAGAGUACAAGCAGUGAAUUGAGCACCAGCACAUCAGAGGGAAGUACCAGUACUGUGUCUGGCUGGAGUGACCUGGAAUGUAGGCUGAAGCCUCAGCAGCAGAACCUCCUCAUCCCCAUGAUGCUUUCCCCACCUGAGUCACUCCUAGUCUCCUGUAUCUUGAGGGGGAACUUUAUAGAAGCCCAUCAGGUGGCUUUGAUGUUUAAUCUGGAGUCUUCGGCUUCCUAUGGUGAGCUGGUUUUCAUGGAACGCUAUCAAGAGGUGGUGCGGGAGCUCGCAAAAGUGGAGCACAAAAUUGCAUAUCAGUCAGCUGAUGGUAUUGGGGGCAUCAGGAGAUCUGGCAGUGGCCGCUCAACACUUCAGGCUAUUGGGAGUGCAGCAGCGGCAGGUAUGGUAUUUUAUUCCAUCUCGGAUGUUACUGAUAAGUUGCUUGCCACCUCUGGAAGCCUUGUCCCUACUCUCCAAGAAGACUUUUGGACUAGCAGCAUCCAGCUGGAGCACACAGAUCCUAUGAGUGAAGUUGUGGCAGACCUCAGCCCUUCAGCAAUGGCAGCAUUUGACUUAGCUUGUACUCAGUGCCACCUGUGGAAAACCUGCAAACAGCUGUUGGAAACAGCAGAGAGACGAUUACAUAAUAGCCUUGAAACAAGGGGCCGCAGACUUGACUUCAUUCCACUGCACUGUGAUGGCAUAAGGGGCUUCCCAGCAGUUCUUCAACAAAUAAAUAAAAUUCUCAACUACCCUUGCAUGUCACAAGGACAAUCCAAGUCAGAGGUCUCAGAUGAAAAAAUAAGUAGUCAGUUUCGAUGUAAUAUUGUGGACCUUCUGCAGAUGUGCUACCCCACUCUGACUGAGGACUGUAUUGCUAAUCAGAUUGUUUUAUCACAGUACCUAGAUCAAGUCCUGCAAACACUGACAAACAUUGAAGAUUCUCCAGACUCCAAAGGGAGCCUGAUCAGCAACUUGGUAGAACAGGCAUCUCUGAAGCCUACAGAGUUGGAGGCGCAUCCAAUUCGUAAUCAAAUCCAACUUUUGCUGAAAACCUUGGACCAACACAUUCAGACCAUGCCAGUGAGCAGCAUGAGGACAGACUGUGUGAAGAGCUUCUUCGAUUAUAUUAACACACUUGCUUCUAUUGUGCUACGGAGCCUCAAUACAGAGCUAGAUCAAACUGCAGAGGUGAAGGUUGGGAACCCUUUCAUACUGUUACAGCAGAGCCCAUCUCACUUGCUCUCUUUGCUCGUGUUUGAGAGACAAGUUCCUCCUGACAGGCUCUCUUCGUUGUUGGCAAAAGAAGAGUUGAACUUAAAUGUGCAGCAAGUUAUCAUUAAUUGUUGUUGUGAGCCACUGUCCUUGUGCAGUGCCAGGCAAAGCAGCCAGACCAGGUCUCUUUUGACUAAUAUCAGCAGCCUAGCACAUCUUCAUGCCUACCAUUGUUUGCCGGAUGUUGAGAUACCUAUCCACAAUCCAGCUAUGGACUCUGAGGAGGAUUCUACUCAGCCCUCUUCUUCCCUGGCUGACUUGAACCAGCAUACGCUCACUGCCUCUUCCCUGGCCUUCCUGAAGUGUCAGUCGAAGCUAAUGGCUACUGUGGCAUGUCUCUGUGCAUCCAAGGUACAGAAGGUCCCCAAACCAAGCCUGUCAUGGAUGGAAUUUCGGGGCAAGAGGGAGGUCCCCUUGGGCCUGGAGCAGAUUUCCAAAGAGUGUGAGACAUUACUGAAGGAGUUCUUGAUGCUGGAGAGUUUUCUUCUCACCAUGUCUGAGCCACUUCAGGAUCCCCAGGAGGAGGGUACUGGUUUGGUUAGUGGCCUCUGUGGCAAGCCGUACAUGUCGCUUGUCCUUUUGGGCUUGCAUUCUACCAUGGCUGUCGAGGUAUUAAUGGAAGUCUUUGAGCAAGCGCUCACUGCAAAGGACUGGCCCAGAGCCCUGAAGGUCUUGGACCUGUACAGUCAGGAUAUGGAGGAGCUGACCAGCGUGAGGGAUGCUGUGCUGAGCUGUGCGACUGCUGAUGGUAAGGAUGGCUGGCAGUAUCUGUUCCCAGUGAAGGAUGCGAUGUUGAGAAGUAGAUUGGCCCUGCGGUGCCUGGACAGGUGGCCCCUUGAGGCUUGUCUGGAAAUCCUAGCAUACUGCAUCUGUGAUCCUGGCAUAACUGAAGAACUGAAGUCUGAUCUGCAGAGCAAAAUAGGAGAACUGCAAGUUUAUCGAAAGAUUUUGAAUUUGCAAGAUGUCCCAACAUGGAAUGACUGGCAAGAUCUGAAAGAAGCCUGCAUUGAUGAUCCCCAGGCCAUCAUGAGUGUUGUUCUGGAAGCAAAGGAUUAUGAGUUGUGUGAAGAAUGGGGUCACUUAUACCCUGUCCCAAGAGAACACUUGAUCAGCCUUCACCAGGAGCACCUCCUGCACUUGCUGGAAAUGGGAGACACUGAAAAGGCUUUGAAGCUCUUAGAAAGAAUAGAAGACUCUGAUAUGCGCCUUGUGAUAAGCGAACAGUCUCUUGACAAGCAUCCCAGCUUGGCAGCCUCUCACUUCCUAGCAAAUUAUCUCACUACCCACUUCUACAAGUACCUGACAGCUACACGCCAUAACGAAAUCCAGGCUCUCUACAUGGGAUCAAAGGUGUUGCUGACUCUUCCUGAGGCCUACCGUGCUAGCUACUCCCACCUGUCCUCCAGGCCACUGCUCAUGCUGGAGCAGCUGCUCAUGAACAUGAAGGUGGACUGGGCAGCUGUGGCCGUACAAACGCUGCACCAGCUCUUGGUUGGGCAGGAGAUCGGCUUCACUGUGGAUGACAUGGAUGCUUUGCUCUCCAAGUAUUCAGAGAAAGCCCUUGACUUCCCUUUCUCAUUAAAAGAGAAGAGAUCAGAUUCUGUGAUUCGCACCCAAGAGAGUCUCAGUCAGGUAUCAGAGUCUGACACCUCAUCUAAAUCAGGAUCAGCAGAACUGUGUCCUGCCAGUUUUCCUGGUAUCAUCCAAUCUUCAAGUCCGAGAGAGAGAAGCCUGCCUCGGAAUCUGCUUCCUCAAGAGUUUGUGCCACCUGAGGUGCCACCACCAAAGCAUCAGUGGAUCCCCGAUGAAACUGAAAUUACGUGCAUGGUCUGCAAAACAGAACGUUUUACUAUGUUUAAUAGGCGACAUCACUGCAGACGUUGUGGGAGGUUGGUGUGCAGUUCUUGCUCUACCAAGAAAAUGGGGGUGGAAGCUUGUAGAGAAAAUCCAGCUCGUGUAUGUGACCAGUGCUACAGCUACUACAGCAAGCAUUGUUCACCUGGCUUAGUCCAAGACACAAGCAUACUCAGUGAGCUGGUGGAGGGUGUGGUGAGGAACAGUGGGAGAGCAGUCACCUCUGUGCUUCCUGCCCUGCUAUCAGUGGGCCUACUGGGAAGAGAUGAGCACAGUGCUGUCUUGAAAAGCACAAAAGAGGAAGAUCAAGACUUGAUGGAAGCAGUACAGACCUGUGGUAAUGGAGGUUUGGAUUACUCUGUAGUGAUGCGAGUACCCAAGGCAACUGAACUUGAAUGGCUUCUUUCUCUAAGUGAAGAUGAAAAUGAAAUUGUGCGUAAUGAAUUUUAUUAUGAACAGGCCCCUAGUUCUUCCUUGUGUAUUUCCAUCCUCAGUCUGCACUCGGAUAGCACAGCAUGUGGCCACCAGCUGAUACAGCACUGCUGCAAAUUGUCCCAAGGUCUGAUUAACCCUGAAGUGGAUGCUGGGCUUCUCAUGGACAUCAUGAAACAGCUGCUUUUCAGUGCCAAGAUGAUGUUUGUAAAAGCUGGAAGGAGCCAGGAUCUAGCUUUGUGUGACAGUUACAUCAGCAAGGUGGAUGUGCUGAAUAUUUUAGUUGCUGCUGCCUAUCGCCAUGUACCAUCUCUUGAUCAGAUUCUACAGCCUGCAGCAGUAACGAGGCUAAGAAAUCGGCUUUUGGAAGCAGAAUACUAUCAGUUAGCUGUUGAGGUUUCUACAAAGACUGGGCUGGAUCCAGGUGGAGCAUGGCAUGCUUGGGGCAUGGCUUGCCUUAAAGCUGGGAACUUAAGUUCAGCAAGAGAGAAAUUCAGCCGAUGCUUAAAGCCACCGUUUGAUCUGAACCAGUUGAAUCAUGGCUCAAGGCUGGUCCAAGAUGUGAUACAGUAUCUGGAGUCCACCGUGAAGCCCGUAGUCUUGGUGCAGGACGAUGACUACUUUGCCACAUUGAGAGACCUGGAAGCAACCCUGAGGACACGAAGCCUGUCUCUGGAGUUGAUGUCCGAAGGGAAGAUCCAACACAACAGCUACUAUCAGGAGUGCUUGUUCUAUUUACACACGUAUGGCACCAACCUAGCGAUCAUUAGCUUCUACAUGAGACACGACUGCAUGCGAGAAGCACUUCUGCAUUUGUUAAAUAAGGAGAGCCCACCAGAAGUGUUCAUUGAAGGGAUCUUUGUCCCAAGUUAUAAAAGUGGAAAACUGCACAUGUUGGAGAACUUGCUGGAAACCAUUGAUCCAAGUCUGGAGAGCUGGGGUAUCUACCUGAUUGCAGCCUGCAAACACUUGCAGAAAAAGAACUACUACCACAUUCUGUAUGAACUGCAGCAGUUUAUGAAGGAUCAUGUCCGUGCUGCCAUGACCUGCAUUAGAUUCUUCACUCACAAGGCAAAGUCUUACACAGAGCUGGGAGACACACAGAAAUGGCUCCUGAAGGUUAAGGACCACCUCAAAGUUUACCUGCAGGAGGUUUCAAGGAGUUCCGGAAGGAAAAAAGCUGCUUGCACUUUUCGGAAGAAAAUGACAGCCACUGACGUGUCAAGACACAUCAAUACAGUUGAGCUACAGAUGGAAGUCACCAAGUUCCUGCAUCGAUGUGAGAGUUCGGGGACCUCUCCAAUAACUGGCUCAAACUUGCCCACACUAUUUGGAAACAAUCACAUGAAGAUGGAUGUAGCUGGCAAGGUCAUGCUGGAAGGGAAGAACAUUGAAGAAGGUUUUGGAAUUGCAUUCAGAGUCCUCCAGGACUUCCAGCUGGAGGCUGCAGCUGUAUACAGUAAAGUGGCGAAGGCGCUUGUGAAGCAGCGGAACUACAGUGAGAUCCGGCAGCUCCUUAAAUGCGUCAAUGAGUCUGGAGUUGCAGCCAAAAAUGAUGGGGAUAUCAUCAUCCUAAACUGCCUAGAUGAGUUUAAGGAUAUUCCCUCUGAGGAUCUGGACAAUCUGAUCCAGGAUAUGGACAGCGAUGAAAACAAGAUCCAAGCCUACCUGAAGUGCAACAAGCUGCGUUCUGCCUACCUGGUCUCAGUGAGACAAGAGAAUACCAGAGCCGUGGAGCUGGUGCAGCAUGUGCGGCAGUUGGCUGAGAACAGCAGGGAAGACGUUGUGCAGGCCAUCUGUGCCCAGUGGCUUUCAGUGCACCAGCCCAAACAAAAAAGCUCAAAGACCACUAGGAAAUAACUUCCAGGCACCAGCAUCCAUAAAGGGAAGACUUCCUGUGGCACAGAGAAGAGGAGCUCAGCGAUCUCUCAGUGGCAAGUAAGAGCUGCUAGAGUGCCUGUAGCUAAAGGGAAGGAAUUUACUUCGUACCAGUGCCAAUCCUGUGUUCUGAUGACCAACAAUCUCUACCUCAGGGUGUUCUCUGUGUGUUUUUAAACCUGAACAAGUCAAGCAAGACUAAGGAUUAUGGAGAAACACACCUUUCUCCUCUUUCAUAGAGGCAUUGAACUCUUUUGCCAUGAGUUUGUUUUAACUCAGUAAACCUGUGUAUAGUUGAUGACCAAAUCCCAUCCCAUCCCAUCUCAGAUCAGUGUAGGUUGAAACAUGAAUCUCUGUAAUAUCUAUUAGCCAGAGCCAUUAUAAAAUGAAUUGAUCAUUGCAAAGGUUGAUGAGUUUUGUUUCCAUUUAUGUAGACUUGGGACUGAACUUUUGAGGUGACUUUUUAAAGAUCUGUACUAAUUAUCACAAAGUUUUUUACACUAGCACAGUAUGUGCAAAUCCUUUAGUUGGUUUGAAAGGCAAUGGCUAGUUGUAUAUGGCAGGUGUGUCUAUGCUGAAAUCACUGGCAAGUGUUUGCCUGCUGCUUGGGCCCUUGGAUGGAUGGAUGUAAUUGCAACAGGAUGCACUACAAAGGGAAAACCUUAAAAUAGGAUGAGAAUGUCUGAGAAUUUCUUACCUCUUGCUUCCCUAGUUUAAUCCACUUAGUGGAUUAAACCGCUGUGAUACAAUUGUCAUUGGGCUCUUAUGUCCUUUUCCAUAGUGUAAACAAGCUGAGCUAUACACCUCUUGCACUGUAGGGAAAGCACCUUCCUUUUAUAAAAGGGUUUAUAUGGUGAAAUUUAAUCACACGGCCAAGUAAUAAACUGCUGAACCAUGCAAUGAGUGUCCUUACUAAUGCAAUCUUUCCCCUUCUGACAAAGUGAAACAUUUUGGACCGAAGUGUUAUACUUUUUAACAAAAAAAAAAAACCCCACCCUCCAUUUGUUCCUGGAGUGAACAAAUGGCUCAGACAGUUGAAAUACACUGGGGACUGGCAGGCAUCCUUUAGUUCAAGUGAUGUCCCUGUAUUAGUUGCUGCUGCACAGAAUCUCUUUCCCCAGUUGUCUGCCGCUGACUAGAAACAGACCAAAAGCCGCACUCUCCUGGUCUACUUCAUUUAACGGCAGGUUCCUCUAGUGUAAAGUGAUUCUGUUCAGGGACAUUUGGAUUUGGCUACUGCUUCUCUGCAGCUGUUAAUCAGAGAAGAGGGAAAAGUAGUAAGGAGAAACAGGCAGCAGAGAAUGGAAGAAGCAGAAAUGAGUGAUGGUUUAAAAAAAAGUUCCUUAACUUUGGCAGCCCACAGCAUGCUUGUAGUGCUAUGGAUGUAGACUGCUAACAUUUAGAGAUGGGCAACUCAAUUUCCCUUUCAGCAGCUCCCAGUAUAUUACAGUCAACUGGCUCACUUGCAGCCAAAUGCACUCUAUAAAGAUGUUUUUCGUUUCUGGAAGUGUAAUAAUUAAUUCCAUUGUAUAAGGUAAGCUAAGCAAGCAAAUAGAGUCCUUGUGAUAGAACAGACCUCCAAUGAGAUUAAGGACUUGGUUGAUCUCAUUUUGAAUGUUUCAUGACCACUGUCCCACUGACUCAAACAUGUCUCCCUGCUAGAAAUGCUUAGCUCAUUGGAUUUGGGGUUAGAAAUAGCUCAGAGCUAAGAAUCAGGAAUGACCACACUUAACUUUCAGAAUCUCCUAACCCCAGAUCUCAGAGAUCCCAUUAGUAAGGCUAAUAAAAGCUGCUUUUAUUGUCUCGGCCAGACAGAACCGGCCUUGCAGUAUGCUCCAGGAGUUAGGCUUAUCUUGUUGGGUGUGAUACUUUUUAUGGUUUGGGUCGAUACCAAAUCUACAAAUAUGGGUGGAGAGGUCUGUACUGUGUGCACUGAUGCAGUAUCUACCAUUCUAUAUGCAUCAGUGAGAGGAACUUGAACAACAUAGAAGGAAAGAAUGAUGCCUGCCAUGUAGCCUAGCCAUUUUUGUGCCUGUCUUUCUGCUUGACUUCUUUGCACUGUACUUUACGCACUUUAUUGAGUGUUUGUUGCAAUUUUGAUAGUCCUUAACUUAGAAUUCUAAGGAUCUUUUUCUUACCAGCAGAACUGGAAUUUUAGCCCUGACCCUAAAAAACUUGUCACGAAUAGUGCAAUUAGUAUUGGGCUUAAAAACCCUAAGCAUAAAAAUGGAUUAAACACUAGUAGUUGAAAGAGCCAUUUCUCUGUUAAGUUGUAAUCUGCUUACAAUGAACAAAGGAGAAUAAAGUAUUAUCAGCAAAGGUCA